UUUUAGCUGUAGUGUUGAGGUCGCCUCGCUGUAUUUUACCUCAUAUUUAGUGCCUACCAUGCCUUCCCUGGCACAAUAAAUAUUCUAGCAAGCUGGUGUGUGCAGGUGACCUCCUCGGGUGAGCAUAAUUAACCUUCCCGGGGGUGAAAUAAGGUGUGUAAAUAACAAAGCAAGGGAAGAUGCAGUGGUUAAGUGUGCUGUUCUUAGUGGUUGUGAGCACGCUGGCUUGGGCUUCACAGGAUUGCAAAAACAAAAUAUCAUGCUCAGAUUGUAUUCAGACACCAAAUUGUAUGUGGUGUGGAAAGUCAGGGAAUUUUACUGAUGAUGAUGGAAAAUAUCUGUCGAGGUGCAUCAAGAGGACAGACGAAGUUGCUUCCAGGUGGCGAUCCUCAUGUGGCACCACUGAUAUAUAUGAACCUGGCAAUUACUUCGAGAUGAUUGUUGAUGAAGAAUUGACUCAAGCUGGCGUGCUGGCAGGCAGUGGCAGCAGCGGAGGAAUUGAUGGUGCCUCAGGGAGUGGAGAGGCAGUGGUACAGAUCAAACCUCAGAGAGUCUCCAUGAAGCUCAGAGUCCAAGAGGCAUACAGCAUGCAGGUGACCUUCAGGCAGGCAGAGGACUAUCCAGUGGAUCUCUACUAUCUCAUGGAUCUCUCAAAGUCUAUGGAGGAUGACAAGGAGUCUCUCUCCAAGCUGGGCGCACAGUUGGCAGAAGAGAUGCAGAAAAUCACCAAAAAUUUCAAGCUUGGCUUUGGGUCCUUUGUAGACAAGGUUGUCAUGCCCUACGUCAGUACUGUUCCAGAGAAGCUUCAGGCUCCUUGUAAGGAUUGUGCGUCUCCUUAUGGAUUCCGAAAUGCCUUACCUCUUACCUCCAAUGCUGAUGCUUUUGCUAAAAAAGUUCAAGAUGCUCCUGUGUCUGGUAACUUGGAUGCACCUGAAGGAGGUUUUGAUGCUAUUAUGCAAGCCAUUGUUUGUCAGGAGAACAUCAACUGGAGGCAGGAAGCUCGUAGACUGCUUGUUUUCUCCACUGAUGCUGGCUUCCAUUAUGCUGGUGAUGGCAAGCUUGGCGGUAUUGUUAAGCCGAAUGAUGGUAAAUGUCACAUGGACGAUGAUGGUGAGUACUAUACUCACUCCACACUCCAGGAUUAUCCUUCAGUUUCACAGAUAAAUCAAGUUGCUAAGGAGCACAAGAUGAACUUGAUAUUUGCAGUCACCGCUGAGCAGUCAUCUGUCUACUCCCGUCUUUCUCAAAUGAUCGAGGGCUCUAGUCAGGGUGAAUUGACGGCAAAUUCUUCUAAUGUUGUAGAACUUGUCAAGGGAGAAUAUAAUAAAAUCACCAGUAAAGUAGAGUUGAAGGAUAAUGCUACUGCACCAGUCUUUAUUCGCUACUUCUCCAAAUGUAAAGGAAGCACUGAGAAGGAGACUUCGGUAUGUCAGGGUCUACGUGUUGGUGAUCAAGUGGAAUUUCGUGCUGAAGUAACGGUGGAAAAGUGUCCCGCAAACAGUGAUGACUGGCGGCAGGUGAUUGGCAUCUAUCCUGUUGGUCUACGUGAGAACCUAACCAUUGAUCUGGAGAUGCUGUGUGACUGCCAGUGUGAGCGCCCUGGAAAUGAGGGUUACAUAGAAGGAGCUGAGCUUUGCAACUUCCAUGGCACAUACCAGUGUGGUGUGUGCAAAUGUAAUUCUGGAUACCUAGGUCGCACCUGUGAGUGUGGUACCAACACACCCUGGGGAACAGGAAACUUCGAUGACACAAGCUGUCGAGAAUCUAAUAGCUCUGCUAUCUGCAGUGGUCGUGGCACCUGCACGUGUGGAGAGUGCAAGUGUAACGAGAGGGAUGAGGCAAAUGAGGUUGUUGAUGGAAAGUUCUGCCAGUGUACCAAUUUCUUGUGUAAUCGAUUCAAUGGUUUGUUGUGCUCUGGACCAGACCAUGGCGAGUGUGUGUGCAAUGAAUGCAAGUGCAAGCCGGGUUGGACAGGGGAAGCAUGCAAUUGUGAAGAUAGCAUAGUCAACUGUAAAAAUCCAGCCAAUGAUGAGAUAUGUUCCAACCAAGGAAAAUGUGAGUGCAACCAGUGCAAAUGUUCGGAAAAUGUUGAUGGUCGCUACUCUGGCAAAUGGUGUGAAGAUUGUCCGCUGUGUGGCACAGACUUAAAGUGUCUGGACUUUAAGGAAUGUGUCCAGUGUCGUGUUUACGAGACGGGGCCUUUCACUGAAGAACCAGAUUUGUGUAGUCGCUGCUCCCUUCUCUACAGCAGCGUCACUGGUCAAAUCUUUGCCAACUAUACAAUUAAUGUCACAGACUGGGUUAAAGUUGAGGAAGAAGGUGAACGACUAUGCAGCUUCUUUGAUGAAAAUGAUUGUCGUUUCAAGUUUGUGUACGGCUAUGACGAGAAUAAAGAACCAAUAGUACGUGUGCAGCAAACUCUUGAAUGUCCACCUAAGCUUGAUAUUCUUGGGAUUGUUCUUGGUGUGAUUGGUGCCAUUGUUGCUGUGGGUCUGGCCCUCCUGUUUAUGUGGAAGGUCCUUACUACCAUCCAUGACAAGCGAGAAUUUGCUCGCUUUGAAAAGGAGCGUAUGAUGGCUAGAUGGGAUACUGGUGAGAAUCCCAUCUACAGGCAAGCCACAUCAACCUUUAAGAAUCCUAUGUAUGGGGGUGGCAAGUAAACUGCCAUGUGCCUUGAUCUCAUUAUUGGAUCUGAAAACAUAAUUGAUAUGUUAGCCUUUAGUGUUGUAACUGGUUGCUAGUAGUGAACGUUCAUAAUAAGAUAUUAAUGCCGCAUUGUUGUGUUCAUAGAAACUAAAAUAUUUCCUAAUACUAAUUCAUGCCUCGAACCUCUUGUAAUACAGUAGUGGCACCCUUUUUUUUCCCCUCUUAUGUAUACAUUAUGCAUGUAAUUGUUUGUAUGUGUAUGUAAUGUAAUAGACUACUUAUGCUGGAUGGUCCAGUGUGGUAUGUGCCAACUGUAGUGAUUGUUAAGUUCAACUUCAUAUGCAAAUUUUUUACCGCUUAAGGUAUAUCAUGCUUUAAACUGCGUUUUUAAUGCAGUCUUUAUUUUUUUAAUUUUGGUAAUUAAUUGACAAGGUCGUACUUGUGUUUAAUAAAUACAAAACACACUCCAUAUUUGUGAUAAAAAGAUAGAGAUGUGUUUUUGACAGCUAAAUGGCUAUACUGUUUGUACAACAAUAAAUUUUGUACUAAAUAAUUUUUUUUAAAGAGCUUUUUUUGUUUUCUAUAAAUUUUAAAAAUAAGGCAUUUAAAUAAACGAACCACUGAGUGAAAAUGGAAGGGUAUUUAUAAAAUUAAUUUUUCGUGUGACUUAGAUUUGUCCCAUCCUAAAUAUUAUAGAAACCUGGGUGUAUUGAAAUGUAUUGAGUAAUGAGUGUGAAUGUGUGAAAGUUGGUCGAGAAGUUGUUUUAUAUAUAAAAAAAAUGUAUAUAAUUCUAAAGGUGCUUUCAGUUUUUAGUGUAAUUUUUAUAUUUUAUAAUCUUAAAUAUCCUUUUAUUAUAGGGAAUUAAAAAAAAAUAUGUUUUGAAGCUUUACUAUAUGUAUGGUGUUGAAUUUUAAUAUAAUUUUAUGUCUAAACUAAAAAUAAAUAAUGACAAUGUAUGUAACUGCAUUGUUUCACAUGAUUAGUGCCUUUGGCCAUUCAAAUAAUUUUUAUACAUCUGAAGCAUUACCUUGAAAAAUUACUCAAGGUAUCAGGAAACUUAGGUUAAGAAUAGUUCUGAUUUUUAAAUUUCUUGAUUGUAAAAUCAAACUUUGUAAAUACUAAAAAUUGUGUAAGAUUAUAGUCACAAUGCUGGCAGCUAGCUAGAUGUUCAUCUUUAAUGUAUUUACACUUCAGUAUUCUAUAAUGGCAACUGCACAUUUUGCAAUUAAACAUCACAUGUCCUGCAGUAGUAAUUAUAUUCACUAGGACCCCAACUUACUCAGUAAAGAAGGCAUAAUAUUGAGGAAAUUGAAUUUCUAAAUGAAUGUUAAUGAGCAAAGUGACAAUCUUCCUCCUCUAUUAUACUUUUCUAGAGGAUAAUAGUGUCCGGAUUACAAACAAUUUGAUUGCUAGUUGAAACGCCAUGAGUGCAUUGAAGUCGUAGGUUAGGGUCCUGCUGUGUAUGUUAACUAUAAAACUAUUUAAUAAAUUAAAAUUUAU